GAAACCGGAGCAGGCGGAGACAUGUGGACACCUGAGCCGGCUGCUGAAUGAUAGAUGGAGGCGGUCAGAGAUCCUGCUCAGGUUCCUGGACCAGGAGAGGACAGGACAACACACAACUGAACCAGGAGACAACCGGACAACACACAACUGAACCAGGAGACGACCGGACAACACACAACUGAACCAGGAGACGACCGGACAACACACAACUGAACCGGGAGACGACAGGACAACACACAACUGAACCAGGAGACGACCGGACAACACACAACUGAACCAGCAGACGACCGGACAACACACAACUGAACCAGGAGACGACCGGACAACACACAACUGAACCAGGAGACGACCGGACAACACACAACUGAACCAGGAGACGACCGGACAACACACAACUGAACCAGGAGACGACCGGACAACACACAACUGAACCAGCAGACGACCGGACAACACACAACUGAACCAGGAGACGACCGGACAACACACAACUGAACCAGGAGACGACCGGACAACACACAACUGAACCAGCAGACGACCGGACAACACACAACUGAACCAGGAGACGACCGGACAACACGCAACUGAACCAGGAGACGACAGGACAACACACACCUGAACCAGGAGACGACAGGACAUCACACACCUUAACCAAGAGAGGACAGGACAUCACACAACUGAACCGGGAGAGGACAGGACAACACACACCUGAACCGGGAGACAACAGGACAACACACACCUGAACCGGGAGACGACAGGACAACACACACCUGAACCGGGAGACGACAGGACAACACACAACUGAACCAGGAGACAACAGGACAACACACACCUGAACAGGGAGACAACAGGACAACACACAACUGAACCGGGAGAGGACAGGACAACACACAACUGAACCAGGAGACGACAGGACAACACACAACUGAACAGGGAGACAACAGGACAACACACACCUGAACCGGGAGACGACAGGACGUGCGCUCCGAGGCUUCACCAGGUGAUGGUGUCAGGAUGUCUGAGGCGAGGCAGCGAACUCUGUCCACCUCAGGCGAGUCUCUUUAUCAGAUCCUGGAUCUGGAGAGGGGCUGCAGCCAUGAUGAUAUCAAGAAGUCCUACAGGAAACUGGCGCUGCGCUACCAUCCUGAUAAGAACCCAGAGAACCCGGACGCUGCUGAGAAGUUCAAGGAGCUGAACAGCGCUCACGCCGUCCUGUCCGACCUCAGCAAGAGGAACAUCUACGACUCGUACGGGUCUCUGGGACUCUACGUGGCCCAGCAGUUCGGAGAGGACAACGUCAACACCUAUUUCAUGUUGUCCACCUGGUGGGCUAAGGGUGUGUUCGUGGUGUGUGGCGUCCUGACCGGAUGUUACUGCUGCUGCUGCCUCUGCUGCUGCUGCAACUGCUGCUGCGGAAAACUCCACCCCCCACUGGCCGGGGAGGGGGCGGAGCCUGACUACAUCUCCCCUGACGACCUCGAGGAAGAGAUACGCAACGACCCUGACACUAGUGAGACAACAGGAAAUGAUGAGACUCCGAUCGUUCAACAGCCGACAAACGCCGGAGAGAAAACUCAGCUGAUCACUGACGGACACCGAAGAUACGGAGACACCUUCACAUGAAGCUGACAGGAAACAGGAAACACUGCCGCAGUCCCACACCUGACCACCUGAACCAGUUUAACGUCAGCCAAUAAGAGGCCACGUUAUGUCUUAAAUCAAGUCUGACAUGACGUCAUAUAUAUAUAUAUAUAUAUAUAUAUAUAUAUAUCUGUCUGUUCAUUAACAGGUCAUAACAUUAUUUGUUCAGACUGUUCCUUUAACGCAGCAGCUCUUUAAUUCAACUCUGAUUGGUUGAAGUUCUCUCACAUCUUAAAUAAAGGUUAAGAUUUAGAAAAUAAAUAAAUCUGAUGUAAAAAAUGUUUUACUUUUAAGUUUGUUGCAUUUUUAUUGUUUAUUUUAUUUGUGAAUAAUGUUCAGAGUGUGACGUGAUGUCUCCUGUAUUCACGUCUGUCCAGCAGGGGGCGCCAUUAUGGCUGGACACAUUUAUUGAGAUUGUUGUG